AGAACCCAAGUCGUCAUUUACACCAUGUCUGAUGCUGUAGGGACGUGUUGUGCGCUCGGACUCACUGCAUGCUGCGACGUUUUGGCGGGGAUAUGUAUUGACUUCAUGUCAAUGCGACAUCCAUGCACAGAGCAUCUCUGUAGCUGCUGCUCAUGCAGCAAGGCCAUUGACGACACCAUACUUGACGUCGAAAGGGAACCUCUCAUCUGCGAGGACAGACAGCCCAGUCCCCAUCCACCGAUGCAAAGUACUGAAUCCUCGUGAUGAUAGGCGCGCUCACUCGUUGGUACUGUACCACAGCUGAUAUACCCUUAUGUUGUAUCAUCACUAUAUUCAUACCGCAGGAAUGAUUACUUCCUGGACAACUACCACAGGUUUAAUAGGCACAUAGAUGAAGAAUAUUUAUCGAACAAAACGAAUGUGACUACCGCAGGAAUUAUAACUUCCUGGACAACUACCACAGGUAUACUAAUAGACACAUAAAUGAAGAAUAUUUAUCGAACAAAACGAGUGUAACU